AUGCCCCCCAGGAAGAGGACGCGGCCGGGCCUGGGCUUCCUGUGCUGCUUCGGCAGCACCGAGCCUCCGGAGAUCAACCUCAAGGACAGCGAGCCCCUGCAGCUGCUGGAGUUCAGCGCCCCCAUGCCGCCGGCAGAGGAGCUGCACGCACGUUUCUCCGAACUGGUGGAUGAACUGGACCUGACGGAUAAGAACAGGGAGGCCAUGUUCGCGCUGCCCGAUGAGAAGAAAUGGCAGAUCUAUUGCAGCAAGAAGAAGGAGCAAGAGGACCCCAACAAGCUGGCCACCAGCUGGCCCGACUACUACAUCGACCGCAUCAACUCCAUGGCUGCCAUGCAGACCCUGUUUGCCUUUGAUGAGGAGGAAAUGGAAAUGAGGAACAAGGUGGUGGAAGAUCUGAAGACAGCACUUCGGACUCAGCCAAUGAGGUUCGUCACGCGCUUCAUCGAGCUCGACGGCCUCACCUGCCUCCUCAACUUCCUGCGCAGCAUGGACUACGAGACGUCCGAGAGCCGCGUCCACACGUCCGUCAUUGGCUGCAUCAAGGCCCUGAUGAACAACUCCCAGGGCCGCGCGCACGUCCUGGCCCACCCGCAGAGCAUCAACACCAUCUCGCAGAGCCUGCGGAUGGAGAACAUCAAGACCAAAGUGGCGACGCUGGAGAUUCUCGGGGCGGUGUGCCUGGUGCCCGACGGACACAAGAAGGUGCUGCAGGCCAUGGCGCACUACCAGAAAUACGCUGCGGAGAGGACUCGCUUUCAGACGCUGCUGAAUGAGCUGGACAAGAGCACAGGCCGCUACAGAGACGAGGUCAACUUAAAGACCGCCAUCAUGUCCUUCAUCAACGCUGUGCUCAACGCUGGAGCUGGCGAGGACAACCUUGAGUUCCGCCUCCACCUAAGGUACGAGUUCCUGAUGUUGGGCAUCCAGCCGGUCAUCGACAAACUCCGAGAGCACGAGAACGCCACUCUGGAUAGGCAUUUGGACUUCUUUGAGAUGGUGCGGAAUGAGGAUGAUUCUGAGUUGGCCAAAAGGUUUGAUACGAGCCACGUAGAUACUAAGAGUGCCGGUGCCAUGUUUGAGCUGAUCAAGAAGAAGCUGAGCCACACAGACGCCUACCCCAACCUCAUCUCCAUCCUCCAGCACUGCCUGCAGAUGCCCUAUAAACGUGGUGGUGGCAGCCUGCAGCACUGGCAGCUCUUAGACAGGAUCCUCCAGCAGAUAGUCCUUCAGGACGAAAAGGGGGAGGACCCCGACCUUGCCCCUCUGGACAACUUCAGUGUUAAGAACAUCAUUCGCAUCCAUGGCUUCCACCGAUGCUCAAGGUUGGUCAAUGAGAAUGAGGUGAAACAGUGGCGAGACCAGGCAGAGAAGUUCAGGAAAGAUCAUGUAGAGCUGCUAAGUAAACUAGAGAGGAAGGAGCGAGAGUGUGAUACCAAGACCCAGGAAAAGGAUGACAUGAUGAAGACUUUGAACAAGAUGAAGGACAAACUCCAGCGCGAGGGAGUGGAGCUGCGCUCAGCCAGGGAACAAGUCGUGGACCUGUCCUCGCGCAUCAACGACAUAUCUGGCGUCUGUGUCUCUUUCCCGCCUCCUCUCCCUCCUCCUGGCGGUCCCAUGGCUCCGCCUCCCCCACCUAUGAUGGGUGGCUUUCCUCCGCCUCCUCCUCCGCUACCCUUCAGCUGCCCGCCUCCACCACCGCCUCCUCCCCCACCCGGAGGACCGCCUCCUCCGCCAGGAGCCCCUCCCAUUUUCGGAGCCCCUCCUCCUCUUCCCAAUUCAUUCAACUCAGCCACCAUGCGCUCCAAGUCCAUCCCUCAGCCUUCUCAUCCCCUGAAGUCCUUCAACUGGGCCAAACUAGGAGAGAAUGUGAUCAACAGCACCAUCUGGAACGACAUCGAUGACUUGAGAGCUUUCAAGAUUCUCGACCUCAAGGACAUCGAGAAGAUGUUUUCAGCCUAUCAGAGACAACAGGACCUGCUCACUAACCAAUCCUUCAAGCAGAAAGAGAUGGGCUCUAUGGAUGACAUAUACGUCAGCACGCGGAAGGUCAAAGAGCUGUCAGUCAUCGACGGUCGACGUGCACAGAAUUGCAUCAUCCUUCUUUCAAAGUUAAAAAUGAGCAAUGAAGAGAUCAAGAGGGCGAUCCUGGAGAUGGAUGAGAGGGAAGAGCUAGCCAAAGAUAUGCUGGAGCAGCUGCUGAAGUUCGUCCCAGAGAAAAGCGACAUUGAUCUCUUGGAGGAGCACAAACAUGAGCUGGAGCGGAUGGCCCGGGCUGAUCGCUUCCUCUUUGAAAUGAGCAGAAUUGACCACUACCAGCAGAGACUGCAGGCUCUGUUCUUUAAGAAGAAGUUUGCAGAGCGUCUAGCUGAAACCAAGCCUAAGGUUGAAGCCAUCCUGAACGCGUCCAAGGAGGUGGUGCGGAGCAAGAGGCUGACUCAGAUCCUGGAGGUGGUGCUGGCCUUUGGCAACUUCAUGAACAAGGGCCAGAGAGGCAACGCCUACGGCUUCAAGGUCUCCAGCCUCAACAAGAUCGCCGACACCAAGUCCAGCAUAGACAGGAACAUCACCAUGUUGCACUACCUGAUCAUGAUUGUCGAGAAGAACUACAACGACACGCUGCUCAUCCAGGACGACCUCAGCAGUGUACCAGAGGCUGCCAAAGUCAAUUUGGCAGAGUUGGAAAAAGAGGUGCACAAUAUCAAAAGUGGACUGAAAGCUCUGGAGGCGGAGCUGCACUACCAGCAGGGCAGGACGAGGGAACGCGGGGACAAGUUCGUGGCUGUGAUCGGGGACUUCAUCACAGUGGCUGGCUUCAGCUUCUCUGAACUGGAGGACCAGCUGGGUGAAGCCAAGGACAAGUUCACCAAAUCUCUGAAGCACUUUGGGGAGGAAGAAGGGAGGAUGCAGCCCGACGAGUUCUUCGGCAUCUUCGACACCUUCUUACAGUCGUUCAGCGAAGCACGGCAGGACCUGGAGAACAUGCAGCGACGUAAAGACGAGGAGGAGAGGAGGGCACGAAUGGAGGCCAUGCUCAAGGAGCAGAGGGAGCGGGAACGGCGGUCCAAGAAGAGCGGCGCCUCGGAGGAGGUCGGCGGGGAGUUUGACGACCUGGUGUCGGCGUUGCGUUCCGGCGAGGUCUUCGACAAGGACCUGAACAAAUUCAAGCGCGGCCGCAAGCGCUCCGUCAACCAGCUGGUGGAGGGCGGGGGCCGCGAACGAGCCGUCACCAAGGUCAACUACUAGGUCGGGAAAAAAGGAAGGAAGAAAAAAAACAAACAAACACUAGACACCCAAAAUUCUGCCGCAGUGUAGAUCUCUUAACAGUUUUAAGUCCAGGUCCUCGAAUAGUGACCGCUGACGUUGGAGAGGAUGUAAAUAACGGCUGAACUGAACAUGUGGCGACAUGUAUAUGGACAGCCACGCCGUUUUUGAAGGAUGCAACUCCCUCCUCUGAUUGGUCUUGUAAAGCUAUUCCCAACCCGUUUCUCCUGGGCGUUGUACGAUCUCCUGAGCUGGGCGAAGGACAGUCGGGAUCUACGGAUGGACAGACCACUGUGACACAUUAUCCCGUAUCUUUUGACCAUAUCCUCUUAACACUGUGCUCAAGCUUCCAGCUCUCUAUCACCCUCCCUGUUUUUCACUGCUCCUUUUUUCCCCUCACAAACCCCUUCACUCAUCCUUGGUGCUGGAGCAGCCCUACCUUUUUGCUAUCUGGCUCUAAAACACACAGGACUCUGGGAUCAGCCAGUCACACUGUACAUAGACUCGAGGCCAAGAGAAAGGAUUGGAAGAUUUGAAAAAACCUGAAAAAGAAGGUGGGAAGGGGGGGAGCUAAGCCAUAACCUCUAGAGUCUUGGUUGCUUCAAGUGUCCCCCAGAGAAGAGACUUUUCAGCCACAGAACGGAUGGGUGUUCAUGAACUUCCUUUACUGGAAAGAGUUGGGAGUGUGCAGUCAGCAAAUCCCAGAAUGCGUUGUAGGCUUCUGGUAGAGCGAGGAGAGAAGGAUACACGACAGGAGGGGUUAUCGCGUCGUCCCAACGGCGUCCUCCAGCACACAGCAUUCCCAGGGAGGACGUACGCACAUCCUGAGCUGCAAUUUUCAGAGGAUACAACUCUCUUCUCAAGGAAAAAAACGUCUCAGCUUGAUCCACCUGACAAAAAAACGAUGACUGUGCCACAAGGGUCAGGUUUCACCUACACUCUUCAAUGGUUUCAACGUUGUUCUGGCAUUAAACCAGUGCCAAAGCAAAGAGAAAACAAAUGUAAAUGUAUUAAUACAAAGCAUACUGCAAUUAGGCGUUGAUAUAUACAGUAUAUAUAUACAUAUACUGUACAUUAGAUGCAGACAAGCUAAUUGCAAAGAUGUAGAGGUUUUUUUUAUGUUUUCAUGGCAUUUUGGGGUUUUGUACACACGAUGCAUUGUUUGUUGGUGUUGCAAGUUCACAUUGCUGUUGAAGUGAAUUUCUAUACAUUUUGCGCUUUAUGUAAAAAAACAAAACGAAACAAAAAAAAGAUAAUUGCUUGUCCUUUUCACACCUGUACGUCUCGUUUGCACUGUAACUUUUCUGACCAACUUUACACUCCACGAGCCGACCUACAAACAGUCCUCUCUGUACUUCGAUCGCCUUUAUCUAUAACAAAAGAUAACGGAGGAAUGCCAUAUAUAUAUAUGAAUUUGAAUCUGCAGUUCGUUUACAGUCUCCCCGCUCGGCUGCCCGAUGUGCACGGUUCACAUCUGAAUGUGUAGUCCGCUCCGUCGUGUGGACUCGCAGUAGCGGCCAAAACGAUGCUGCGUGGCAGUUCUCGUCGGGCCUUCGAUGAUCUGUAGGAUCUAUUCCACUGGUGCUAAAACACGCAGCCUCAAGGCAGAGCCAUCAGUCCAGUUUCUCAAGCUAAACUGGUGCUUGAUCACUCUGUAACCCGAGAUUCAGGCUCAUCAUACAGUAUUUCUGUGCGUUUUUUAUUUCAGUUGGAAUUGUAAUAUCAGACCACACCAUGCCAAGAGUCUGCUAUUGCAAGUCAGGGUACAAAAAAAAAAGCACUUAAAGGGUGUGGAAAUUGCAAUAUAGUGGGACACUUAAUAGCCUCAGAGAGCAUCAUAGAAAACUUCCAUCUCUCCUUCCAGCUUCUCUCAAAUGUUUGAGAUAUGACUACACCCUGUUACUACGGGCAACCUGUUGCCAAAGUCAGAAGCACAUACUGAAGCCAACCAAGGUCCGUUUUCUUUAAGUCUUUGAAACAUUCAAUGUAGUACAUAUAUUUUUUUUUAUUUAUAUAUAUAUAUGCAUUUUGCCUCAGUACAACAUUUAGAUUUCUUGAAGAUGGGACAUGAAGUACAGGGUAUAGCUUGCUGCAGGAGGUGUACCCACAGAGAGGGCUCUAAUCCUUGGGUGAGGAAGGAGCCACUCAUGGUCAACUCUUAGGGAGAUGAGGAAGCAUUUUUGGGACAUUAAAAUGAAAGUGUGGAUCCGUUAAAAACAAGAGUGCCACAUUAUGAACAUGCGUCUUCGUAGUAAGCAGGUAGAUAGCAACACGCACAUACAGUCCAUGUGAAAUAUACCCUUGUAUCAUCCUGGUUAUCGUCCGUUUUGUUCUUAGAGAACCCAUUUUAGUCAUUCCAUCUGCAUUGCAUGCUUGCUACAGUACAGUAUUGAGCUGUCCAGCGGUACAGUAAGAAAAUUGAACUGGACACAAGCUUUCUCUGUUAGCCUAUUCAUGCAGGCUUUAGCUAAGGCUUCGUGUGUUAAGAUUGGUUGAGUUUCACAGGCCAAAGGAUUUGCACAACAGCCCCCUGGUUCAUUUAGUAAGAGAUACGAGUUAAGUGGUUGUUCUCAUAGUAACAGUUGCAGUUAAAACACCAAGGACUCAUAUUGCAGUUCCUUUCCCCAUUUUCUCGCUUUAAAUCAGAGACAUGUUCCCUCUGCACUCGUUUCAAUAGGCACUUGGUGUAUUUACGUUAGUGUUCCAAGACACAAGAAAAAGAUAUUUCCGACGUCGGAUUAUUAUUGCUCAUUGGUUUUUAUUUAAUUUACAGUGUUUCUGAACCAUCUCAUGGACCCAUUCAUUACUUACUGUAUGUAAUCACUACAGUAGUAAUGGCUAUGCCACCUUGUCUUUGUCCCUUCAUUCUGCCAGCUUUUCUCUUCUGUUUUCACCUCGAAGGACCUGUUUUCACACAUGUACCAUUCCUAUUAUUGUAUUUUAGUGUGGCUUUCCAAAAAAAAAAAUGUAUUGUGUGUGUUUGCUAUAGUGAAAUGCAGCUGUCUGUUGGAAUUAGACUAAUUGGCACCAUCUCGUGGCUUCAGACAGUGCACUUUUGUGUUCCACCUGACCAUCACAAGCAGUUAAAAGCAGCUCUCCAAAGUGACAACAUGAUGUGGCACUUGAACCCCAACUCUAUAGGCACAAUAAUUCACCAAAGUCUUCUAAAAAUGAAGUCCAACAGGUGUACUUCAGUGUGUGUCUGGCAUGUGAUCAGAGAGGAUAGACCUACUAUCUGUACAGAGAAAAUUCCUUUUUCGCCUAAACCUUUAAUUUAUCCAUUAUUGGUCACUUCCCGAGGAAACCUCAACCUGCCCAGGGGGUUUAGUCCUUUAAUUUAUCCUCAAACUGAAGCAGAGAGAAGCUGUUGUGAGGCUGAAAAGACAACGCGAGUGCAAAGAAGUUCCCAUGUCCCACACUUUCGAGAUUAACCGGUAAACCAAAUAGAUUCAAACUUUCAGACACUUUGAAAAGUCCUAAUGACGUACGAUUGCCUAUUCUUUAACCAGCGUCUCAUGUAUAUUUGAGCUAUUCGAUUUCCUAACCUCUGCUCCUUUGUCUUUCAAGUUAAUCAGAGUUAGUAUAUCAGACUUUGGCAGACCCCUUUAAACUCUUAAUCCAGAGCUUUAACCCGUAUUGUAGUGCACACUAUUUACUGAGGGGGUUUUGCAACUUUGUCAGUAUUAUAACACGUUUAUGUUGUUACAUGUUUGGAUGCUUAUUUGGCCAUUGACUGGCUGAUUUUUUUGGAGUGUACAGAUGGAAAUCAGAGGAAUGGAAUUAGUAGCUUGUUCAAUGCACUUUUAUUAUGGGACAUUUCCAUUUGUAGCGCCAUUAUCGAGGGCUUAGAUCCUUCUAGGAAUGAGAAGGGUGCAACGAAGAGAGUGGCGCAAAAAAACAUGGAAGAUAAAAGAGAAAAAAAAGGGCAAGUGAGGUUGGGACUCCGGCUGGGCCGCUGGAAACACAUUAACAGUCAAGUCUGUUGGAUGGCAGAGAUGGGAUAUGUGGGGACACAAAGAGGUGACACUCGUACGUAACAGGAGUGUACUUAGUUUUAAAUCGUCACCUGCUUUGGUGUGUAAAAGAAGAAGAAAAAAAAAGGAGAAUGUUUUCUGACACAACCACAUUUCUGUCAAAUCAUGCACUUGGCGUCGACAUGCAUGCCUAAAGAAGGGUGCACAAAGUGUGAUGUGUUGACUUUAAUAGGAAAUUGCUUGCAAUAUGGAACACACCUGUUACACGACAAUUUGUACUGCCUGAGAAAACGUUGCACCCAGUUUCAGAGGUUGUAUAAUUAUAAGGAGUCAGUAUUUUUAUGGUUGGAAAAAAGUAUCCUCCACUGAAAGAUGUACAGUAGGAAAAAAAAAAAAGCAUUUUGUACACCAUUCUUGAUGUUUGAGAUAAGAUAAAAAAAGAAAAAAAAGAUUAAAACAUUGAGGAAUGUUCCAUUUUCCUGUAAAUUGUACCUCUAUUUAUUUGCCUUAUUUAGUUUGCUAUAUUUUGUAUGUACACACAGCAUUACAACAAAAUGUUAUAUUAAAAAUAUGAAUAUGAAUAAUUAAACUGUGGUCUGUGUAAGAUGGAUAGUUUUGAGACUUGUAUAAGAAUGAGAAUCUUUUUUUUUUUUUUCAUAAUUUUUUUUUUCUCACCCUGUGUCUUUUGUAGGGUUACAAUAAACUUUUGUCCCUUA